GUGAGCGUCGCAGUCGAAGUCGGUACAGUGAAGAGUGAAUAAACGCAUUUGCGACCGAAGUAAUUUCGAUUGCCGUCGUAUCGCGUCGUAGUGGGCAGCACGGAGGAGGCAUAAACAAAAAUAGUGCAUUUUUUUUGGCUGCCGUCUUGUGUGUGUUCCGUGUUUACCGGUGUUCAGUUCUAGCAGGAUAAGUUUUUCUGCUAGUUAAGAAAAAAAAAUGCAGUCACAUAGCAAGAAGCGCGUAUGUUACUACUACGACAGUGACAUCGGAAACUACUACUAUGGCCAGGGACAUCCGAUGAAGCCGCACCGCAUACGGAUGACACACAACCUACUGCUCAACUAUGGCCUCUACCGGAAGAUGGAGAUCUACAGACCGCACAAAGCCACUGCCGAUGAGAUGACCAAGUUCCAUUCGGACGACUACAUCCGAUUCCUGCGCUCAAUCCGUCCCGAUAACAUGUCCGAGUAUAACAAACAGAUGCAGAGAUUUAACGUCGGUGAAGAUUGCCCGGUGUUCGACGGUCUGUACGAGUUUUGUCAGCUUUCGGCCGGCGGCUCGGUGGCGGCUGCCGUGAAGCUCAACAAACAGGCUUCGGAGAUUUGCAUCAACUGGGGUGGUGGGCUGCAUCAUGCGAAAAAAUCCGAAGCUUCCGGAUUUUGCUACGUAAACGAUAUUGUGCUGGGCAUUUUGGAACUGUUGAAGUAUCACCAGCGGGUGCUGUACAUCGACAUCGAUGUGCACCACGGGGACGGCGUGGAGGAAGCGUUCUACACCACGGACCGGGUCAUGACGGUGAGCUUCCACAAGUACGGGGAGUACUUCCCCGGAACGGGUGACCUGCGGGACAUUGGUGCCGGACGGGGCAAGUACUACGCCGUGAAUAUUCCGCUGAGGGACGGAAUGGACGACGAGUCGUACGAGUCGAUCUUUGUGCCGAUCAUUUCGAAGGUCAUGGAAACGUUCCAACCGUCGGCGGUGGUGCUCCAGUGCGGUGCCGAUUCCCUCACCGGCGAUCGUCUGGGCUGUUUCAACCUGACGGUCAAGGGCCACGGGAAGUGCGUGGAGUUUGUCAAGAAGUACAAUCUUCCCUUCCUGAUGGUGGGCGGCGGUGGCUAUACCAUCCGAAACGUUUCCCGCUGCUGGACGUACGAAACCUCGGUUGCGUUGGGUUGCGAAAUUGCCAACGAGCUGCCGUACAACGAUUACUUUGAAUACUUCGGACCGGACUUUAAGCUGCAUAUCAGCCCGAGCAACAUGAGCAACCAGAAUACGACGGAAUACUUGGAGAAGAUCAAGAACCGGUUGUUCGAAAAUUUGCGAAUGUUGCCACAUGCUCCAGGGGUGCAGGUGCAAGCAAUCCCAGAGGAUGCGGUCAAUGAGGAAAGCGACGACGAGGACAAGAUCGACAAGGACGAACGACUGCCACAAAGCGACAAGGACAAACGGAUAGUGCCGGAUAAUGAGUUCUCCGACUCGGAAGACGAAGGCGAGGGCGGCCGAAGGGAUAACCGAUCGUACAAGGGCGGUGCACGGAAGAGACCACGGCUGGACAAGGAUGCCAAGUCGGAAGACAUGAAGGACGAAGCGGAAGUGAAAGCCGAAACGACGGGUGAUAAAGAGGAUGCCAAAGCCGGCGGCGGUGAGGAAUCGAAGAAGGAAACGACCGCUGUUGCAUGAUCAGCGUUGGCCGCGUACCGGAAAUAGCCCGCUACUAGCAUAAUGAAACAGUAAAUUUCCCACGCCCUGACAAACAUACAGAAAAAAAACAAACAUCCACGCAUACAGUAUCGGAAACACUUGCAUACAUUUGUGGCGGACCUGGACGCACGUCCAGUUGCUUGCCCUCUCCGACGUGUUAGUGUGCAAGGGCAAACUUAUGUUCAAUUUAUAGGCAAAGCGAUAGUUUUAAACUGUAGAAUGUAAAAACUUUUUUAUUUGCACUUCAAUGACAAAAAUAAGACAAACUCUUUCCAAUUGAUUCAGAAUUUUCCUCAAACAAAAAAGUACAUUUAGAAAUAAAAACUUCUAAACCCGAACGAGAAGGCAAACGUAACAAAUUGAGCGAGAGUUCCUGUCGUCGUGUUCGGUACCAGAUACCUAUACAUAGUUAGGAUUCAAAUUCCCAAAAAAAAAGGUAUAAAUUGAAAAGCAAAAGCAUGAUGGUAUUUUUUUUUGUAGCAACAAACCCCGGUCCCACAAUCAAACAAAUCAAUUUAUACAGAACAAAACAAACAAAGCUUAAGCAACCGGAACUCACAAAUCAACAUUGAUCUCAGGAACGUAACCCACGUUUUGAAAGCAAGCAUCUUCGUUUAUUACCCUUCUUAUGUCUGGUAUUACAUUCGCCUAAAUUUUAAGUUACAUUUCCACCCCCAAUUGGAGGCAUCAAGAAAGAGAGAUUAAUUUAUUUGAAUCGUUUUAUCUUAUCAAUUCUAAAAGUCUUCAGUUCGGCCACAUUUUAGCCAACUAUCGCCGCGGAGAUUUGUCAUUCUGAAUGAUGGAUCCCAGUAAACAAUCAUGAUUAAUAAUUCACACUACUAACUAAUAAAUGGUAAGAAUAUAGGAAACUAAAACUAAAUAAUGAACAUUUAGCAAUGAACUUAUAACUUAUAGGAUCAACACGGUAGGAUACAAAUAAAUAAGAACUAUAUUUCCAAAUUGACGAAAAGAAGAGAUGAAUUAAAUGUGUUUUCAAGAUCGGUAAGGGUCUUGCGAGCAACAACUGGAAAA